AUGCCACGUCUUUCUCCUGCCCUGAUCCACGAGGCGACCUCCCAGAACCCGCUCCUUACGCCUCUCCUUCGAGUAUGUCGAGACCUUCCCUCUGCUCGCAACGAGCUUCGGUGGCUUCAAGAACACGCCCGUGAUGUCGUGGAUGCAAAGAGAUAUGCUAGUCAUGAAAGCACAAACAAUCUCUCGCUACCUGGACUGGAUGCGACUGAAGAGGCGGGCUCUUCCCACCGAGCGACUGCGUGGUUCGAUGAUGUAAAGAUCGAAGAUGGCCGCAGACCUUCCAACCCGUCACAACGGCAUCCGACCAUUAGGAAAACCUUGGGUGGACGACGAAUCAGGAAAGUCGCUACAAUUCCUACAGGACCUGUUUCAGCAUCGACGCCUGAAACGCAGUCUGUGCAAAUUCGAAAGCACGAGGUCGGAGGAACUGCCGACUUGGAAACAGAACUGCAAAAGUUGACGGUACGCAAGAUUAGGGGUCAAACUGACCGCACGGGGACCAAGGCCUACAAUGUCGGCAGCAUGACUACCCUGAAGGCAGGAGGGACAAGACCUAAUAUCCGGAAGGUACCAUUACACAAUGAACAGAGCACUGUCCACACUCAGACCAACGUGAAUGUCACAUCAUUGCAUGACAAGAGUGUCCGUGGAUUGCGAAUAGCCCCUCCGUCCGACACUGAUCUGGUCAAUGGCGAAGCAAACAAGCAUAAGCAGGUGCAAAAGGUCCUGACGCACAACGUGGGUAAGAGAUCGAAAGGCAUGCCACUCCAAUACAUCAUGGGCAACCAGCCAUUCGGCAACCUCGACAUACUAUGCCGGCGUGGUGUCUUAAUUCCAAGGCCAGAGACAGAGAUGUACACGGAAAAGGCGGCCAACUUGCUAUUGUCGGCACUUACCUCGACACGUCUCUCGACUGGUUCUGGGCUGCAGAGUCGGAAGAAGUUCCGGAUUCUGGACCUGUGUACAGGAACCGGAUGCAUAUCCCUGCUCCUCCAUUCGAUACUGAAGCCACCCGUCAAAGCCUCUGGUUACAACUCGGUCAAUGCACCAGAUAUAAGUGUCGAAAUUCUUGGACUCGAUAACAACCCCCUUGCCAUUUCUCUGGCUCGGAAGAAUCUAGCACACAAUAUGAGACAGAAGCUGCUACAUCCCGAUGCCGGUAAUGACGUGUCCUUCCAAAACAUAGAUGUAUUGGGUUUGGCAAAGAAAGGCGGUGACGGGGAGGAUAAGCAGCACCAAAUCAGCAAGAUCCUCAACGAAGUUGCAUCUGACGUGGGCAGCGGAGAGAAGAAUAGCUCCUCGCCACCUCUGCCAUGGGACAUGAUCAUUGCCAAUCCUCCCUAUAUUGGCCCCAAGGAUUACGAGCCUGGCGGAAAGACAGAGCCGAGCGUGCGAAACUACGAGCCUAAGGAGGCGCUUGUUCCCACCUUUGGUCGAGGCGAAGACUGGCACCGUUACCAAUCGCCUUCGAUCCUUUUAGCCGACUUGUUUUACUGGCCGCUGAUGCGCAUCGCGAGAGCCGUCGGCGCCAAACUCCUAGUCAUGGAAGUCGGCGACUCGUCACAAGCGUCCCGCGUGUGCAAGCAGUUCUUCCAGAACUACUGCUCGCCCGCGGUUCUCGAGCAGCUCACGCCACGCCUCGAAACAUGGAGAGAUGACGGCUCGAUCAGGAUCCUCCCAACCCAGACGUCUCCCAGUUUUGACGCCGAUUUCGAAAACGCCACCGACCCAAGCGUCUCGGAUCGGGCGGUCGUCGUGUGGACGAAGGACAUGGCCGACUGGCGCCGUGACAGCCAACCCCGCUUGCUGUCUUGA